UGCCAAGCUCUCCAGGAUGAAGUGUCUGAUAUUUGGUGUUCUAUUGGUGGUCUUCUUGAUGUCCAAUCGGGUUUGGGCCGAUGAUGAUCUCGUUGUGGCUCCUGGUCCAGAUGAUGAAGAUCGCGAUGGAGAAGAUGUUCCAGAUGAGGGUGUAUACGACAUGUACAAGAAUACCAAGAUCAAUGUUUGCAACAAUGUGGUCGACGGGGUGUACCUUCCUUAUGUGGGCGACUGCGAUAAAUAUAUAUGGUGUGAAAAUAACACAAUUAAAAAAGUUGGCAGCUGUGGAGAACUAGAAAAGAACACUCCCACCCUGUGCCUCGAAGCAAACAAGACUUGUGAACUGGGAUACGACCCCGUACUCCAGAUAUGCACCUAUAUAGAGGAUGUGCAGUGCCUGCCCAGCUGCGAGUCGUCUCGUCUGAGUAGCUUCUGCUACGAUAAUACCUGCACCAAGUACGUGCUCUGCUACUACGGACAACCCGUCCUGAGGGAGUGCCAGGAUGGACUCCAGUACAACAACGUCACCGAUCGCUGCGACUUCCCCGAGUACGUGGACUGCGUGGCCAACGACUGCUCGGCCACCUUCCAGCCGGAGGACAUCAUCUACCUGGCCAGCAAGGCCUCCUGCAGCAAGUACUUUGUCUGCUCCAAUGGACAUCCUUGGGAGCAGGAGUGCGCCCCCGGCUUGGCCUACAAUUCCGAGUGCAAGUGCUGUGACUUUGCCAAGAAUGUUAACUGCACGAUCGAUGCUGCAGCUAGGAAUAUAAUGCCGUAUUCCCGUUCCCCAUUGCGGCGUGCUGACAUUGAGUGUCCCCAGGUGGGAGUUCACUUUUAUCCGCACAAGAGGCGCCGGGAUGCAUACUACUACUGCGUAGAGGGUCGCGGAGUGACCUUGGACUGCACCCCGGGUCUCCACUACGAUCCCAAAGUGGAGGAGUGCCGCAAACCGGAAUAUAUCGGUGCCUAA